CGAUUCACUGUCCUCGGUACGCCGGACACCGUUAUCGGUGACUUACCGGCAUUUCAAACCCGCUCGUGUGAACCCUCAACCCUUUCAUCAAAAACCCGAAAAAAAUUAUUGAUUUGCAAAGUUUGAAAUUUUCAAAAACCUUAAGGUGUUCAUGACAGUGAUUUAUUAAUUCGGACCUAAAAUUGACGUCCUGAUUUAAAAAUCAACAUUAAGUGAUUACAAACUCACCCUCGUGCAAUAAAAAGAAUAUAAUUCCCAUCAAAAAUCGUGCAUCUGCUAAUUGUGUGGGAAAAAGAAAUAACUAACGAAUUUUUAUGAAAAAGCGGUUCCUUUUACGUGACUACUUCCUUCGAUCUAAGGGAAUUUUUUAAGUGACUGUGAUAUAAAGGUUGUUACUUGUUUUCUUUGAAGUGAUAAAAAAUUAAUCCUUCUGCGAAGUUUCGUGAUACGGCCAGGUUUAAUAAUUCCAAGGUAAAGUUCCAAAGCUGAAUUAGAAGCUCAUAAAGUAUUUCGAAGUCGUUUAAUAAAUAUUUUAUGAAUGAUAAUACUGGUAAUUGAUAAGAAGAAGAGGGUUAAGUUAAUCAGUUGAGAGGUGAACGAACAGGUUACAAGAUCAGUGUUUGCAACUUUUUGAACUUGUUUGUGACUGCCAUCGAAAAUUUAAAGAGGUCCGCUGAAGGCGGAGGAAAUCGGUAAAGUGUUGUUCAGCCACGAGUCCAGGAUUCUUACCCCCGGAGGCGGCAGCGUCUCGCCCGGGGGCGCAGGGCCUCCAGCGAGCCCUUCUUCGGGACACUAUCGUCCAUCAACUCAUAGUCCACCACUGGUCAAGAUUGGAUCUGUUCACGCACAUCAGCCCCACAACCAUCAUCAUCACCAGCUGCAGCCGCAACAGCAACGGACAACUCAGCCACAGUCACAGGUGUCGGGGGCCGGAGGAGCAGCAGCGGCAGCCGGAGGCGGCAGUGGAGGGCCGGGGGCUGGUGUGGGGGUGGCGGCCAGGGCCGGCGGCAUGUUCUGCUAUCACUGCCCCCCAGGCAUCCCGGCCCCCAGACUUCCACCCUCUCUCGAUUACCCCUUCGCCCCAACACACCCCUAUACGAGCUAUUCAGCUUACCAUCCAGCCCUUCAUGGGGUGGGCGAAGAUUCCUUCGUGAGAAGAAAACAAAGAAGAAACAGAACAACGUUCACCCUUCAGCAACUGGAGGAACUCGAAUCUGCCUUUGCUCAGACACAUUACCCAGAUGUCUUCACUAGAGAAGACCUCGCCAUGAAGAUAAACUUGACAGAAGCAAGAGUUCAGGUCUGGUUUCAAAACCGAAGAGCCAAAUGGCGAAAAAGCGAGCGCUUAAAAGAGGAGCAGAGAAAAAGAGAUAAUAGCGGAUUAGAUGGGGGCAUUCCGCCAUCUUCGUCUAGUGGUCCAAGUCCAACAAGCCACGAUGCAGAUGUUGGAAGUGCAGAAGGUGAAGAUGUGGGCCCGGAAGGUGGAAUGGGUUCGAGGAGCCCAAGCACAACGUCGGCGUCCGUGAGUCCGAGGCCCAACCAGUCGCAGAGUCAGCCGUCCCUGGGAUCAGGCGUCGCGACGCCACCACCAAACUCCACCCGAGCGCCGCCACCGCCGAGCACAGUGGGUGGCCUUGGACCCCCCGCGGAGAGCACACCAGGAUCAGGAGCAGGCUUCAGGCCGGUGGAGACUCCAACGUCCCUCUUCUUCUCACCACACCUAGCAGCACAAUUUUCACCACCUCUCUUUAGCAACAAACUCAUGAGCAGUACCCCCUCAUCCUUAUCAUCUGCAGCGCCUUCACUAUGGACCACAAGUGAUCACCGACCCAGCAGCAUUCAGGAAAUGUUAUCCUGGUCUCCAGCUGGAUGGCCUGGAUCGCUUUGUGGAUGCUGCAAACCGGGAACAGGAGACCUUCAUCGAAGUACUAGUUUGGCUGAGCUCAGGAGAAAGGCUCAGGAGCAUUCCACUGCAUCAGCUUUAUUGGGAGGACUAGCUGCUUUUCCGGGUGGACUACCAUUGCCUUUGCAUCUGCCUCUUUUACCCCCACUACUGGGCCUCUCCAGGCGACCUGAUCACCAUCAACAUCAUCUGCCUAGUGUGGUUCAUCAGCUGCAACCAGCCGCCAAAGAAGAUCCCUAAAAUUGACCAAAUACUAUACUGAUCUUAAGAAAAAUCUUCUACAAAAGAUAAACAAUUUUUCGUUCGGAAGUAUCAAAGCUUACAUCGCGAUUUUCAAAAGACAGGUCUUAUCCUUCCACCGCGACUUCGAUCACGUUGAGCGUAGUUUACAAAGGCACAAGUUUCGUAGCGACUAAACACUGUCUAAUCCCGGAGGACCAGCUUGUGCCUGCUUGUACCGUGACAAUAGCGACUUCAUCCUCGAAAGGAUGUUCUCAUAAAUUGACGUUAGGUCUUAUUUCGGGGAGUGUGAUUACCGGGUGGCGUCUAAUAAAAUUCUUAGGAAUCCGAGGAUGGGAUUAAUUGACAAAAGAUCAAUAAAGGACCUGGAGAUGUCCGUUUCGCUGUUCCUGAUCGAAACCAAAGUUGUAAAAGCCAAUUGUAGCAACUGUAGAAACCUGUAUAUUGAUUUCUGAUUACUGUCACCGUUGAUAAUUCGAAUAACUUAAUGAAAGGUAUAUUACGUAUAGUGAGUAUGUAGAGUAUAAUGUGGUAGUUAUAUCGAAUAAACUUGUUCUUGUGAUGAUAUAAA